UGAACAGUCGAUCCGUUUGGGGUAGAAACUUUCACAUCGGAUUUCGUGCUCGUUAUGCUUUGGAGCUUUCUCUUGGAGCGCUGCGGGAAAAAGUUUUCUUAUCUGCGUUCGUUUGUGGCUAGUGUUGAUUUGCUGAUGUGUGUUUUUUUAUUCAUUUUGUUUUCAUCCCAGCUGGUCUGGCUGGUGCGCUAAAAUGAGUUAUUAGUUUGGUGGGAAUUCCGCCGGGAGUUGGGUUGCGCCUCGGUGACGCAAACUAGAAGCGCUACCGGAAGCUGCUUUUGCCUAACGAGUAGCAUUCGUUUCCGGAAGGAAGAAGGAGAGGAGUGAUUGCACAAUUCACACGGUUGAAAAUUGAUAUUGCAAAACCGUUUCGUGGAACGGACCGAUUGCAAGAGCAAAAGGCUGGGUGUAGUGUUUCCGGGUGGGAAAAGUCGUUUCCCGGUCCCUGGGUUCGGUUUCGUUCCGGAAAGUGAUGGAUUGAAGUACACCUGUGGAUAAACCCGACGGUUUCGGGCUAGGAGGCUCAAAUUGAAAACCCAAGCAGGGGGGCUUAGAAAAAAAAAGGAAGAUUUUCCCUGAAGUGAAGUGGAGUUUGUGAACCGUUCUUUUUUGCCUCAAUCUCUUCCAGCGGUAUCAAAGCGUGAAAUUUAUAUCAAUCAGCGGUGAUAUUGUGUGAUUUUUUUUAUCCUAUUCAAUCAUGAAAUAAAUCAAAAGUAAACGCCUCUGCAAAGUUUCGAUCCCAGGGAAUAAAUUUCCGCUCAAGGGUUGCAGAUAAUUGUGGAUUCGCUUUCAGUGGAAAUUUCUUCAAUCAAUCUCAGUUCUUAGAAGCGUUUGGGUUCAACUUACAGUAUCUGAUGGGAUUUAUUCAUCGUAAAUCACAAGAAAAAAAGGAAGAGAGCUAAGAGCUCGACUUAUGUGCUCCAUCAUCGAUGAACUCAACGGCUAAAGCGAAAGUUAUUUUCCCCUUAGGAAGACACAAAAAGAUGGAAAGGGUCUAAGGAGACUUCAGUGUGAAUCGAUAGAAUCUCGAACCACAAACGGGAAACAAUCUACAGCUACCAACCUAUAUCCGCUUGUUUGCCAGCAGACGACCUCUUAUGUUCUCCGGAAGCUUUAUCGUCUAAGACCCCGUGAAAGCCAAUACAGGAUUACUCACCAGCUUGUAGUAGGUUCCCAUAUACAGAUACCAUACCAUAUCAACAGCCAGCAAGCACCAUGUUUUGGAUACUUCGGCGAACUGGAGCGGCAAAUUUCUUCAACUCGAUCAACAACAGCUACAGCGCCAACAAGGGUGGUGGUGGAGGCAGUAAGCAGAGUGCCAGCAAUGCAGAUAAACAUGGACCCCGGCCACCUCGGCGAGCUUACGGCCGGCUCAGCGUCGAAUCCGAUGACGCUCAAUCGUUACGACGUGAGACCGAACUCAACGACAAUCUGAUUGAUGUGGAUGAUGUCGAGCUGGGAAAUCACAAAAACAACAACAACAUCAACAAUAAUAGUGCUCUAGUAAAGAACCACAACAAUUCUUCCUGCAAAAACAACAACAACAACAACAACAACAACAACAACAACAUCAGCUGCAGUGACAAAGAAAAUUCUAGCUUGAAUGGAGGAGCACGUUGCAAAGCUGGAAGCAAACCUUCGUCGACGACAAUGAUAAAUGGUUGUUCCUCCCGGCGGUUGUUUGCACCGUACGACGAGGACCAUCACUACAACUGCAACGGAACCGGAAGCGAUGACGAGGACUAUGACGAUGGGGACCGAGACGUGAACCGGAAUCAGUCCAACUGCAACGAAACCGAUUCGGAUCUGGAGCUGGACGCGACGAUCAAGGAGCAGCGGCUGGAGGAGCAGGCCAUUUCGCGGCUCCAGGCGAUGGCCCUGUCCGAUGACGAUGAGUUCGACGAAUCCCUCACCUGCAACGUGUGCGAUCGGGCCUUCCACUGUCACCGGCAAUUGGCAUCACAUCAGCAGAAAAAGCGACAUUUUGGCUGCAGCGGGUGCGACAGCCUGUUCCCGUCGCUGAUGCUGCUGGAGCAUCACAAGGAGGAGUUCGAGCACUGGAGCGACUUCGAGGACGGCGAUGGCCGGUUGCCGUGCUGCAGGCGCAAUCGCCGGGACGAGGACUACACCGACACGGAAACCGGAACCAGCGAUGCCGAGAGCGAGGACCUGGAACGGUUGCUGUAAGAUGCCACGACACGGCUGUGUUGCUUUUUGGGAACUUUCGAUGAUGGAAAACGUGACUUCCGGAUAAUGCCGCCGGAAACUGUCUCUCUUGGACACACUCGACAUGAGGAGACAGAUUUUGUUGGCAUUCGAUCGAUGCAUUCACUUUUGGGACAGGUGAUGGAGCAAAAAAAUAUCGGCUAAGCAUCUGUCAACAAACGUUUCGAUUACAUCGGUCCUUGUAUUGGCACGGAAGUUGGUGGGGCUUCCGUUUUGAAGAACUCAACCUCAUUUAAAUUCAUAAGUCAUGAAAGACGCUCUUAAAUAUCUUUUUAGCUUAUUUUGUAUUGCCAUUCAGAAAAUUUCAUAUUUUUUUGGUAGAAAAAUUCAAUAUGAAAUAUGUUUUUUCGGGGAGUUUUUUUCAUAACUAUUCCUUUAUGUGAACUUUAUUCAGCUUCUAUGGAACUUUCAAAGCAAGCAAAAAGUUAAUACAGAUUUACUUUUUUUCUCUAUAUCAAAAUGUCAAUUGCCUCUUGAAGCCCAACCAGAAGUGAACCAAAAAUUUAACUGAAAGAAUGUAGUAUUUGUGAAAGUUAGAAGUCGGCAUAACUAUUAUGAAUAAGACCUCUACAUGAUGUAAAUAGAUCAAACUAUGAGCCUGCAACCUCCGUAUCUUCCAAAGCUGGAACACCAUUUACCUGAUCCGUAUCCACCCUGAUAUUCUGAACCAAAUAUCUCAGCCCUCCCAUAUUAACCCGCUCACAUGACUAAUUUCCCGAGUUUGAGAAACAAAUAUCCAUAAAUUAAAAAUAAAAUCCUUUUCUAGAAUCCCAUUUUACAAUGAUUUGGAAACUUUUACCCGAUAUGCCUCUAAUUCCUAAUUGAUGGAAAAAUUGAAAUAAAAAAUCCUCAAAAGCUGUAAGCCAAUCCAAUAAAAUUUAAGAAAAAAGAUGUCACUAAAAUUGCAAUAAAAAUGUAAACACAAAAGAACCAAUCAGAGCCGAAUGAUGGAACCAUAAAUAGACCCUUUUCGAUAGAUCAGCAAAAACAAACCCGUACUCGUACUUUCGACAAUUCCACUUAAAACUGUAGAUUGGAAACAAGUCGAAAAUUGUGUAUUUAAAAUGAUUGAAAAGAGUUUAAAAAUAUAUAACAAAUGAAAAAAUAAAAUUAAUUAAACAAAACAUCAAACGAAAGCUCCUCGCUAGAUCAAAGAAACGGGGAAAGUGCGUGUGUUUAACCGAUCCAAAAAAAACAGACGACGAAAAUCACUUCAGUCAAUCAAAAUGUAAAAAUAAAUACCAAAUGAAAAAAAAAACAAUGAAACCAGUGGAAAACGUCCACAAUUAUACUGUUCUGAGGAUUCUGCUGAAUCAAAACAGAGAAAACGAUUCAAUUCCAAUUAAGCUGAACUCAGUUUUCGACAGAAGUAAACAAAUGAAAAAGUAUAGGAGAAAAAUGGCAAUAUUUUUGCAAGGCGGAGCCACCUAAACGUUUCUCCAAAUCAGGAAAGAAAAAAUCGAACGAACUCAAUAACGCUGUACAGAUGAAUCGAUACAAAAGAAGUUGUCUGCCCAUCAGCCACUCGAUUGAAGUGUUAGAAGUGCUCGGAAAGAAACCAACAAACGGAAAUUUAAAAAAAAAAAAACGAAAUUAGGUGUUGAUGGCAGCACUUUUUUUUCCGGUGCAGCGAGUGUUUGCCUUCACCUGAUGGUUUUGACAAAUUUAGCCGGGUCAGUCAUUCUCAAGAUUAGAAAAAAAUCCUUGAGCUUUAAACUAAAAAAAAACUGAUUGAAAAAAUACAAAAA